AUGCUCCCAUGCUGUGGCCGUGAUGGCCUUCUCGAGUCCUGUAGAACCAUUACAUCCCGUCUAUACCGCUUUCGACUUCCUCCAAGGAGGUUUGUCGCGUCCGCUCCCACACACAACGCGUGGAAACACGAGACCGUCGAGCUGCGCAUUGGAGUCGGUGGCGGCGUCAAGCUCGAUGUAUUCUCUCCUCGUGAGCUGCGCCAGAGUCCAAAUGGGCCGCGCAACCUGCUAGUCCAUAUCCCUUCAGGGCCCGCCUGUCCAAAUGGGACGACAUCAAGUCUGUUGCAGAGCACGCUUGCGCGGCUUCAGGAUGUGCUUCCGCCGUCCACCUCGCUGGUCAGGAUCAAUUACAGCCUGGCAAAAUCAGCGGACUUUCUAGCUUCUUCAAACGAGUUAAAAGUCUUCCCUACCCCCAUCCACGAAGUCGCGGCGGCAUUCGACUACCUCACUUCUUCCACCUCCACUUUCAAUGUCAGCCAUGACGAAGCCCCCAGGAUAUGCCUCCUGGGAAGACAUAUCGGCGGCGCACUAGCGACCAUGCUCGCCCUGACUGAGCCGAAUGCGAUACACGCGCUCGCGGUCGCAGAACCCAUGGUUGAUUGGGUAGGAAUAUACGAGGUGCUCGAAAAAGUGCGACCACCGGCGGUCCAAUCUCUUCUAUCUUCUCCGACCACGCAGGCACAGAAACACGCACAGAAGCGGGCACGCACGUCCAAAAGUGGGAACCUGCACGACACCGAUGCUCCAUCCGUCGUGGCUGCGGCCGAGGAACUGGUCAAGUUGCGCUCGAAACUGUUCAACACGCCGUCGGCGUACUUCGACCCAUUCGCCAGUCCGCUCUUAUUUCUCCGCGCCCCGGGACGGGACACGCCUCUCGCCAACGCCACCACAGGAGAUCAGCUGCUCAGUGAGAUAGAUCAGGACGACGUCGACAUGGAUGUGGGAGGAGGUGAAUACAGUGACUAUGACCACGAUGCACAUCAAUCGAGUCCCUCUUCGAUGGGGACGAGUUCCGGCAUCACCUCGCACGGUGAGGUUGGUGUCUCUGCUUCUCAUGCGCCUACCGUGCCUCCUCGUCGGCGGAAAGUCUUGCGCCGCUGGCCUGCUGUUGGCAAUCCCGAGUCCGUCACAUUGCCACGUGUCCGUAUUUUCGUGCAAUCUCACGUGGAGCAGAAAGCGCCCGACGGUGAAAGCAAUGCCAUCGACGUAACUAGGGGCCAUGCAGCGCUGAUGCGUGCCCAAGGCACCGAACUGGCCGAAUUGAUGCGCCGAGCCUGUUUCAUUGGGCGGGAGAAGGGCUUCGCGGAAGAGAGGGUCCAACUUCAGCUGUGCGACCCGUCUCCCUGGGCUGUCGACGCAGGUGGUGGCAUGCAGGAAGCGGCCAUGAAGUGGCUGGGCGAGAUGUUCAAAAAGGAUUAA